UAUUGCAUUUUACAUCAUCAAACGCUGGGAUACGAAGACUGCCAACAUUUACCUUUUGAGGCUUUCUUGGAUCCAGAUUCACUUGGCCAGUCCACAUGUUUCGGAAUUUGAAGCACUGCCCCUUCUUAGAACUUGACGACGACGACGACGACGACGACCGGAAUUAUAGUGACGGUAGGAGCGAUUUUGGAAGUGCGUCAGGUAGUCGCGACUGGGGCAUCCUAAAUCGUUCUUGAGAAUGCAGAUUUUGACUUCAACUAAGUCGGCUUGUUCAGCCCUAGACUUUCAAAGAUGAUGUCAGUCCCUGUGGAAACUGGACUUGAUAGGGACGGUUCUCGAAUGGUUGAAUCAGAUACAAAUGGCCAUUCUUAAUUACUUCUGAACGAUUUGUCCACCGGGUUCCCCAAUUUCUGUCAGGCAAUGGCGUUAUCGGGGCUUGGGGAUGCAGCUAAUGUUGCACAGCUGACUGGCUUAGAUGCUGUCAGCCUCAUCCGCAUGAUAGCAAAGGCUGCCUCAACCGCGCGAAGCCACAAGAAAAAUUGCCAGAAAUUUGCACAGAAGCUGAAGUUGAUUGGUAACCUAUUGGAACAGAUCAGAAUAACAGAGCUCAAGAAGCAUCCUUCUACUAGAGAACCAUUGGAGCUUUUGGAGGAUGCACUGAGGAGGUCUUACAUUCUUGUACACAGUUGCCAUGACUGCAAUUAUCGGUAUCUGUUGGCCAUGGGAUGGAAAAUUAUUAAACAAUUCAGGACUGCACAAUCUGAGAUUACUGAAUACUUGAACCUUAUUCCACUCAUAACUCUUGUGGAUAUCCAGAGAAGUCGAGAACAAACAAAAAACAUCAUGCUAGAACAAUGUGUCAAUAAAUCGGAUGAAGUAGAUAAGAAGGUGGAAGAUGCUUUAUCUAAUUCAGGACUUUUACUUGCAACAACAGAUAGACUUGCCAUCGGUCAUGCAUUGCUUCGGAAAUUCAAGUUCAAGGAAUUGAGAAGUGCCACUAUGAAUUUCAGUGAUGUGAACAUUGUUGGAUGUGGAGGAUAUGGGAUGGUCUACAAGGGUUUGAUUGAUCAUAGUUCCUUGAAAGGAGAGAGUUGUGGAUCUUUAUUCCUCAAGAAAAGAGCAAAUAAUGUGUCUAAGAUGACUGUUGCUGUCAAGAGAUGUGUUGAUACCUUUAAACAUGGAUCACGGCAGUUUGAGGCUGAGUUGCACUAUCUUGGGCGCUUGUUACACCCUAAUGUUGUCAAACUGUUGGGCUAUUGCAAGGAGGAAAUGAUUCUUGUUUAUGAGUUCGUUCCUAAAGGGAGCUUAAAAAAUCACCUAUUUCAGAGAACACGUUUCCAACCACUUCCUUGGAAGCUGAGAGUAAAGAUAGCAGUUGGUGUCGCUCGAGGUCUCGCAUACUUACACACAACUCAUGUCAUUCAUAGGGAUAUAAAGGCUGCCAACAUCCUUCUUGACUCUGACUUCAAUCCAAAGCUAGCAGAUUUCGGGUUGGCUAUGUAUGGUCCGACUCAGAGGGAAUCCUAUCUCUCACAAGAUGUAUGUGGCACCUAUGGAUAUCUUGCUCCUGAAUAUCUUGCCGACGGAAAAAUGAACGAGAAGGUUGAUGUGUAUGGAUUUGGAAUCCUGUUGCUGGAAUUGCUCUCCGGUAAGCAGGCGUAUGAAAUCCUCACAAUCAAAAAGAGCUCCAAAGAUGAAUGUGAAACAAGUCAACAUUUCUCAACACAAGAAUGUGGAACAAGCAAAGAGAUCACGGAAGAUUUAAGCACAACUAAACAACAAUGGUCUGAAAGUGUACUCAAAACAGCUUCGCCCAACUAUGAAGAAAUUGUUGAUUCAUGUCUCUUAGAUUAUAAAACUCUGACUAGAUUGAUGGAGCCAGAACUCCGUGGACAAUACCCAUUAAAAGCAGCAGUUCUUGCAGUGCAGCUUGCCAAAAGCUGUGUUACCUGGGAUCCUACUAGCCGACCUGCCAUGCAACAAGUUAUAGAGACGCUUGAGCAGAUUCAAACUAUCGACAACCUUCCAGUCAAUUUGGGUUCUGAAAAAAUUUCUGAUCCUUGUCCUUCCUUUUACGAUGUUGAUUUUUCGGUUUCUAGCACCGUAGUAUAUGAGCCAGCUACUUUUGAUCCGGAUACAGAAUUAUCCUUCUCGGCAUUGAAAUGACAAUGUUUUGUGAAAACUGAGAUUUGGUGAUCUAAAAAACAUUUCGGCACAUAGGAGAUAAGAUCUUAAAUAUAUGUCUGUUCACCGUUGCUUCACUUGUAUUGUAUAAAUGUAGACUAAUAUAUUACAUACCUCGAAGCUAAGAUGCCAUGUACUGCAAUUUAUGCCACCAUUAAUUAUGGUAAUAACUGAAGUUUGCAGAAUAAAU